AUGGCAGAGCAGACAGAAAGAGCUUUUCAAAAGCAACCACGUGUUUUUUUAAACAACAAAUUACGAACCCUUGGCAUUGGUAAAAAGUCGAAAAAAAGCCUUCGUUAUGUGCGCAACGUUGGUUUAGGCUUUAAAACACCUACAGAGGCAAAAGUUGGUACGUACAUAGACAAAAAAUGCCCCUUCACUGGUAAUGUUUCUAUUCGGGGUAGGAUCUUGACUGGAGUUGUUGUCAAAACAAAAAUGCAAAGAACGAUCGUAAUCAGACGUGAUUAUCUACACUUUAUUAAAAAGUAUCGUCGUUACGAGAAGCGGCAUAGGAACAUGUCUGUGCAUUGUUCACCUGCGUUCAGGGAUAUUGCUAUAGGCGAUGUUGUUAUAGUGGGGGAAUGUCGGCCCUUAUCGAAAACUGUAAGGUUUAAUGUCCUUAAGGUUGUAAAGGCAGCCGGAUCAAAGAAAAGUUUUGAGAAAUUUUAA